AUGACAACCAAUUCGGCUUGCGGUGGAUUUGUAACAGGAUGUAUCACUAAAUCAGGAGGAGGAUGUGUUUCUAAUGGUGCUUGCUCAGCAGCAAAUGUUUAAGCCGCUUGUGUGAAAAAUACUUCUGGUACUGAUUGUAUUUGGGAUACAACAUGCAAAGAAAAGACAUGUGCUAAUGCACCAACAACAAAUAAUACUCAUGAAUUAUGUACAUCAUACUUAUCAACAUGUACAGUUAAAGUGGGAGGUGGAUGUUAACCAAGAACUUGUGCAAAUGCUCCAACAACAAUAACAACAAAUGAUGCCUGUGAAGCAUAUUUACCAAAUAAUAAUUGUAUAACAAAGACUGGAGGUGGAUGUGUAAUAAAUACUACAUGUGCAGUAAUUACCUUAGAAGCUGCUUGUAUAAAAAAUUCUUCUGGAGCUACCUGUUUCUGGGAUACUGCAAGUGUAGGAUGUAAGGAUAAAAUUUGUGCUAAUGCUCCAUCAACUAAUACUACUCAUGAUUUAUGUGUUGCUUUUUUAUCAACUUGUACAGUAAAUUCAACUAAUGCAGGUUGUGUUGAUAAAACAUGCAAUAAUUCAUUGGUAUAAACUAUUUGUGACAAAGAUUUGAAUGAUAAAGCUUGCAUUUGGAAAGGAAAAUGUUAUAAAAAAGAAUGUGUGUUAGCUUCAUCAACUACAGCAACUCAUGCAGAUUGUUAAACUUAUCAUAAUAGUUGUACUUUGAGUAAUACAGGUACUGGAUGUGUUCCCUUACCCCUUAAAUGUGAAGCUAUUACAAUUGAAGCAGCUUGCAAUAUUAGAUUAUAAGUUACAAAUGGAGUUAAAUCCUACCCAGAAUGUGGUUGGAAUGGUUCAUAGUGUAUUGAUAAAGCUUGUUCCACUGCUCCAAAAACAACAGCAACAACAGCUGAUUGUGGAACUUACAAAACCAAUUGUGUAGCUAAUAAUCCAGUUAAUGGAUCAAUUGCAGGAUGUUAAGAUUUACCAACAACAUGUGCAGCUAGAAAAUCAACUGAAAAUUGUGAAAUCACAAGAGUUGGAUUCCCAACAUGCUUAUGGAAUACUACUACAUUAGCAUGUGUUGAGAAAUCUUGUUCAACUGCUAGUUAAACAGGAACACCAGGUGUACUAACAGCAGGAUAAUUUACAUUGAAUGGUUGUUCAGGAUAUCUUCCUAGUUGUAUUUCCAACAAUGCUUAAGACGGGUGCAUAGCUAAACCCUCUACUUGCUCAGGUUUAGUUUAGUAAAAUUGUUCAACAGGGUCAAAAGUAAAUGGAGAUUGUUAUUGGAACACAACUACCAAUGCCUGCGUUGAUAGAACUUGCACAAAUAUGCCAUUAACCUCUCAUGCAGCCUGCUAAGUAUUGAAUACUUGUACAGUCAAUAAUGCUAAAACAGCUUGUUAACCUUUAGCAGCAGCUUGUAGUUCAUAUGGUUUAGCUGAUAAUUGUGUAAUAAACUCUAACAGAAAAAAAUGCAUAUGGACUGGAUCAGCUUGUAGAAAUGCAACUUGUUUAGAUGCAUCAAAUACAGAUUCUUUUGAUGAUGAUAGUGAAUGUUCAGGUUAUGCUACACCAACUGAAACUUGUACAGUUUUAUACAAAACUAGUGGAGCAGGUUGUGUAGCAAGAUCAGCUAAUUGCAGCGACUAUGUAUCAUAAGCUUAAUGUGUUAAAACUUUUGGAGCCAGUACCAAUGACUGUACAUGGAAUUCAGAGUAUGCCAAAUGCUUUUCUAGUACAUAUAACUAGGCUGCAUGCUCAACUUAUAAAGGAACAAAAGCUUAAUGUGAAUCCAUAAGAGCAGGUUGUACUAAUGAUGCGGCUGCAGUCGAAACAGAUGCUUGCACAUUUUCUUGUGCUAAAAUAGCUUCUUUAUCAAGUCCAAAUAAUACUCAUACAUAUUGUUAAGGAUAAAGUACUACUUGUACGAUAAAUUCUGGUGGAACUGCAUGUGUUGCAUUGUCAGCAACUUGCGGGGGUUAUACAGCUUCAGGUGAUUGUGUAAGAAAAACUGAUGGUUCAAGAUGCUUUUGGGUAGCUGCUUCAACUACUUGCGGCGAUUUUGCCGUCGGAAAUUGUGCUUCUGUUACAGGAUUAACAGGUGCAACCCAUGCCACUUGCUAAGUUUAUCACACUGGUUGUACUGUUAAUGCUGAUGGAACUGCAUGCCAAGAAUAAAAAGCAACUUGUGCGGGUUAUACAACCAGUGCUACUUGUUCAAUAAAAACUGAUGGUUCAAGAUGCUUUUGGGUAACUGCUUCAACUACUUGUGGCGAUUUUGCCGUCACAAAUUGUGCUUCUGUUACAGGAUUAACAGAUGCAACCCAUGCCACUUGCUAAGUUUAUCACACUGGUUGUACUGUUAAUGCUGAUGGAACUGCAUGCCAAGAAUCAAAAGCAACUUGUGCGGGUUAUACAACCAGUGCUACUUGUUCAAUAAAAACUGAUGGCUCAAGAUGCUAUUGGGAUGAUAGUGUGGGUGGUAGUGAAGUCUGUAUAGAUUUUGCUGCCACACAUUGUGCUUCUGUUACAGGAUUGACUGGUGCAACUAAGGCCACUUGUUAAGCAUAUCACACUAGUUGUUUUGCUAAUGUUGGUGGAACUGAAUGCUUUUAAUUUACUACUUGUGAAGCAAUUACAGGUGCAAACACAACUUGGGCUAUUUGUUAAGGUUAUAGUACUACAUGUAGUGUGAAGAGAGAUGGAAGUGGCUGUGUAACAAUUCAAGCUACAUGUUCAGGAUACGGAUCAACAGUAGCCAAUUGUUAUAGAUCUACAGCAGGACUCUGUAUUACAAAUAGUGGUGAUAAUAGCUGUGUUGCCUUAACAUAAGCAACAAAUUGUGAUGCUUUGUAUUUAGGAAGUGGCAAUUAUUCUCAUAGCAAAUGUAAUUCAUUUAAGGAUAGUUGCACUAAUUUAAGCACCACAGGAUGUUAAACCAAGACAUGUGCUAAUAAAGCAUCAACAUUUACUCAUACAGAUUGUAACGCUUGGUUGCCUACAUGUACUGUAAAUGGAGCAGGAAGUGCUUGCAUAACUAUGCCAGCCACAUGUGCCAGUUAAACAUCAGCAUCAUGCAUUAGGGCAGUAGAAGGCGAAUGCGUUGUCUCAGGAACAGCUUGCGUUAGAAAAACCUGUGACACAGCUUCCCCAGCUGCAAGUUUUAAUACUGAUACUCUAUGUUCAAAUUAUCUAUCUACAUGCACUGUUGCAAGAAUAGGAGGUUGUUAAGUAAGAGCCGCUUGUUCUACAUAUAAAUCAAGUUAAUAAUGUAAAUUCAAUACAAGUGGAGGUAGAUGUUUCUGGAAUCCAACCAAUCUGAAUUGUGUUGACUUUAGUUGUGGCAAUAUUGAAGCUACAUCCUCAUAUGAUUCUCAUGCUAAAUGUAUAGCAGUUGAUUCAACAUGCACAGUUAGAGCUGCAAAUGGAGCUGCUGUUGCUGGUUGUAUGGCUAAAGGAGCCUGCAGUGCCUACUCAAUAGAAGAUUAAUGCAAAACUAAUGCAAGUGCAGGUGUCUGUGUUUGGAAUACUAAUUUAACUACACCAGUAUGCUAAGAUAAAUCAUGCACAACUGCUCCAACUGCAACAGCAACACAUACUGAUUGUGAUGCCUACUUCUCCACAGCUACUAUUAAAUGCACAGUAGUUGCUACACCAGAUACAAAUGGUGGUGCACCAGUUCUAGGAGGUUGCCAAUAAACAGCAGCUUGUUCUACUUAUAUUCAUUAAGAAAUAAUGUAAAUUCAAUGCUACAGGAGAUCCUUGUGGAUGGAAUGGUACUUAAUGGUGCAGAUAAAUCCAUGUGCUACUGCUCCUGCAACUGCUGAUUAUGGAUGA